AUGAAUGUUGACACGGUAACUACAAAGCAGGCUAUUGGACGACAUGGCAUUAUUGGGAGUCUGUAUGAUAUUCGUAAUGAUCAAUUUGAAGGCGGAAACUUAUUCAAUCAACAAAUACCGUCAUCGAUCGUUUUAAUAACGGACUGUGCCAGUUCUGAUUAUCUUAUGGACGACAAUAAGUCACAAAGUGAAACCUUGAAUAAUCUGAAUAUUGAAGGAUCAAUGAAAUUAAGUCUGCUGUCAGGUGUCCUUAAAGCCGAAGGUUCAGCUAAAUAUUUAAAUCAAACAAAAACAGAUAGUAGAACAGUUCGCGUUACAUUCACGUAUAAAGCAAAAACCAAAUAUGAACAUUUACAAAUCAGUAUGACGGAUUUACUUAAGUGUGUUUCAUUCGAUGCAUUUCAGAAUCCACAUGCAACACAUUGCGUUAUUGGUAUUACAUAUGGAGCAUGUGUAGCAGCUACAUUCGAGCAAACGGCGUCGAAUUCUAAAGAAGCUGAAGAAGUUCAAGGAAACCUUGCAGCAGAAUUCAAAAAAGGUUAUAUAGAUGUCGAAGGUAGUGUAAAGAUGAACAAGGAGGAUAAAAAGGAUUCAGUCGCAGAUUCAAUGAAAAUUACUCUAUCAGGUGAUAUUUUAAUCGACAAGAUUCCAAUUACAAUGAAAGACGUUUUUGACAUCUUCGAAAAGGUGCCAUUUAUGCUGUCAAAACUAAAUGAUGGCAAGGGAAAACCAAUAGAAUUUGAGCUAUAUCCCUUACAACGAUUGGCCAAAGUUUUCAAUUGCGAAUUGAAAAUUGAACGAAUGAUCAAAGAAGUGACGAGUGCCGUUGUUAGUCGUAUUGAAAAUAUUUUCGAAGAAAUAACUCAUGCGAAAAGAAUGUUCAAUGACUUUGUUGCCAAAAUUGACCCAUGGCAAGAAUGGCUUCCACCAGAAUGGACAAGAAUUGUUUAUGAGAAAAAAACAGAGUUAGCCGGUCAACAAGUACACACACAACGUGAAUUGGCUACUUUGAUCCAACAGAUUCGUCGUGGCGAAGCUGAUGAAGCAAAAAUGGUACACCUAUUGGAUAAUUUUGAUCGUGAAAAUCCAUGUUCGACGAGAUCUAUCAAGGAAUUCUUGAGAGAAAAUGAAAGAAUUGAUGCUAAAAUUCGAUCCUUGGGCGAAUUCGAUCAAAAAGCAUCUACAGAGGAAGAAAGAAAACCGAAUACAGCAGUUCUAUUAAGAGAGUUCACAUCAAUUCAAGACUUUGUAUUGCGUUAUAAUGAUACCGAUGUUUUCCUUUUAAAUAUAUCAAAUAAAUGGGAACAAGACAACAAAGAAAACUGGUACAAGCAACUUCGAUAUUUCUGUCAUCUUAUGCACGGAACAGAGAACGGUAAAAUGCCAAUUACUCGAGUUAUCGAUCACGAUUUACACGUUAAUCUGCAUAUGAAACCUGACGCUUGUGUCAUUUUUUAUGCGCACGACGGAGCCAUAAAGUCUCGCGAUUAUUAUUGCACUGCGUGGGAAACGCUGGACCCGAUGGUCAUUAGAGAGAUUAAGUUGAAACACAAAUUCAUGUUCUUGAAUGACAAAGCUGUUCAACUUUGGCAUAAAACAUUCAUCAAACGAUCACCCAAAGGUCAACUAAAUGAAGAAGAUUUUAUCAGUGCAUACCAACAGUUAUAUACAUCAGGAAGUGCAGGACCAUACUGUAGGCAUAUAUUUCAUAAGAUUGAUGACGACAAUAGUGGAACUAUUAGCUUCGGAGAAUUUAUGUCAGCCAUAUCCUUGUCACUAUUGGCUGAUAUAGAACAACAACUUAAAUUUGUUUUUAAACUUUGUACUCAGAAAGAUUCUAAACAUGCUCAUAGCGACGAACUAAUUAAUUUUAUAGAACUGAUCACUGAAUUAGAAGGCGGAGAAGAUGCGGUUGAUCCUGUCGCUGCAGAAAUGAUUGUUCAUCAGAUCAUGGAAUCGAACAAAAAUACAACUACCGGAAGUGAAUGUGCCAAAAAUGAAAUUAAUGAAGAAGAAUUUGUUGACAAAUGUAUGAAAAAAUACGAUUUGAUUCUCGCAUUCUUACCGCUCUUCUGCAAAAAAUCGCUCGUUGAUCAUGCUGGCUUGAUCAAAAAGCGACAGGUAGGUAUCACACAAGAUGAAAUUCUCGAACAAUAUCGAAAGAUAUUGGAAGAACUUCAUAGAGGAAUAUUGACAAAAUCGAGUUAUACGAAAACGCUGAAGGACUAUAAUCCAGAAGGAAAUUCCACGUCUUUCUGCAAUUAUAUCUUCAAAGGAAUUACUAAAGGUCGAAACAAUAUUAUUAAUUUCGAUUGUUUUUUGGAUGCACAUCAAUUGUUAGAUCCGAUAGAUGUUGAACAUGCUCUGACAGCGGCAUUUAAUCUCUGCGAUAUAGAUCGUUGUGGAACAAUUGGUUCAGCUCAAAUAGAAACGUUUGUAAAGAUCAUAGCUGAACUAAAUGAAAAACAUACUUCAACAAGUUCAUACAAUGCUUCGACUUAUGCUCUCAAGCAUCCAAAGUCGAUAGCUAAAGCAAUAAUGGGACAUAGUGACAACGAGAAGGAUAAUCAAAUUAAAAGCAAGAACUUUGUUGAUUGUUGCAAAAACGAUUAUUGGCUGUGUGCAGCAAUUUUACCGCUUAACUCAGUGAAUGUUCAUCACGGAGUUUCUAGACGGAAUCACUCAAAGCCUCAUAUCAACAUCGCCACGAUCGGUCAUAAGUCACAUGGUAAGACAACUCUAACAGCUGCCAUCUUCAAAGUCCUGCAUGAAAAAAGACAAAAAGAAAAUAAGCCGGACGAGAAAGUCAUCCCAGUGAUCGAAGAUAAAUCCUACAAAAAAUUAAUCUCAGUGAUUCAAAAUGAAACACAUUCAUCACAGAAACAGAGUCAUGUUAUCGCAGUGGCAUAUGAAACGAUUGCACGUCGUUAUGUUCAUUUUGAUUGUGCCGGUCAUCGAAAGUUUAUCAAGAAUAUGAUUUCGACUGCUGCGGUGCUUGAUGGAGCAAUCUUAGUUGUAGAUGCUACCGAAGGUAUUAUGCCACAAACACGUGAACACUUGAGAAUUGUCCGCAAAUUUGGUGUAAAAAAUAUCGUCGUCUUUCUCAAUAAGACAAAAGACGUCGACGAAAAGAAAUUGAAACAGAUAGAAAUAGAAUUGAAGGAAUUACUGGUUCUUGAUGCAAACAAUGAAGAUUUUAUUCCUAUAAUACGUGCAUGGGAACAUUCUAGCAAUAGAGAGAAGCCAACUGAGAUAGAUGCUGAUGCAAUAGACAAGUUGUUGCAUGCAAUCGACGUUUUUAUUCCAUCACCGUACAGACAUGUUGACAAGAAUUUUUUAAUGACGAUCAGCGAUAUUCACAAUAUUUCUGGCAAGGGAAUUGUAGCCAAAGGCGUCGUGCAAAGAGGUACCGUUCAUCAAGGAGAUCAAGUCGAAAUUGCCGGCUACGGAGCUAUAAUUAACGCGAUAGCAACCAAAAUACAAACGUUCAAACAACAAAUAGAUCGUGCUAAAAAUGGUGACUAUGUCGGCUUGCUUUUACGAGAUUUAACGACGAAACAAAUUCGACGUCGACAAGUUAUUGCCAUGCGCAAGACUGUAACACUUCAUAAACACUUUACGGUGGACAUUUAUGUGCUGACAAAAGAAGAGGGUGGUCGGCAUACACCUUUUUUUCAAACUUAUCAACCACAAGUGUUUUCCAAAACUGGUGUCGCCACUGCUAAAAUCACUUUCCUAGAUGGUCAACGGAGAGCCAUGCCAGGUGAUAAUUUAAAACUGAAAUUGGAUUUGUUCAAAGGAAUGGUUAUUGAAGAAAAGGAUCCCAUAUUGCUUUAUGAAGGUGGGAAAUUAGUUGCAACUGGCGGAGUUAUUCAAAUACUUGAUUAA